AUGGAUUUGACCUUCAGUUUGAUCAUAAUAUCGUUUUAUUUACAUGAAAUAAGUGCAUUUUGCACCAUACCAGAAGACAGUAAUACAAAAAUGGAAUGGCAUACUUGUAGAAUAAAUGACCCUAUCAAAUAUCAUGCAUUAUUCGCUGUUGAUAAACAUGGAAAAGCAAUGCACAAAUUCACAAUUGAUAGUCCAUUCACUGUUGUUGCUGAUAUUUACAACAGAAAUGGUGUGAUGGAUAAUUUAAAAUCAAAGGUAAAGGUGUGGAGGUGGACAGGACAAAAGUAUCAUUGCUACUGGAGGGAACUGCCUACUUUUAAGGCAUUUGACAAUCUGCUUAGAUGUAAUGAAACAAUCAAAUGUCCGUUGAAGCCUGGAAGACAGAUAAUCAGAUUCGAUGUUGACUUGUCAGCUUUUUCACAGAUUGCUGCUUUCUGGCCUAAAAAUUCAGCUUAUAGAAUUCGAUUUGAAACUCAUACUGCAAAUUCUUCUCAAAGCUCAACCUGUCUGAUAUUUGAAAGCCUUAUUGAACUAAAAUAA